GGGGCGCGCACGAGAGACCUUCCAGGGAUAUAAACUUGUAGACCGGCUCGCGUUAUCAUUUGAGGUCAAGUCUACACAGGGCGUCCCUGACAGAGCAUCACCAGAAAAAUCCGAAAGACCGACGCUUCAGAAGCAGAGAGAGAAUCAGACACUUAACGCUGUUCAACCAGAGAGAGAAAUACGCAGAUUUAGACAAGCGCAACGGUUAAUCCAUCAUGAACAGGCAGAUGAACGGUUUCCAUAACUCCCUGAUUGAUGAAGACUGCUUUUUGUUCACGUCUGAGUCUGUUGGUGAAGGACACCCUGAUAAGAUUUGUGACCAGAUCAGUGACGCUGUGUUGGACGCCCACCUCAAACAAGACCCUGAUGCCAAAGUAGCAUGUGAGACUGUUGCCAAGACUGGAAUGAUCUUACUGGCCGGUGAGAUCACCUCUCAUGCUGCCGUGGACUAUCAGAAGGUUGUCAGGGACACCAUCAAGCACAUUGGAUACGAUGACUCCUCCAAAGGGUUUGAUUAUAAGACCUGCAAUGUGCUUGUGGCUCUUGAGCAGCAGUCACCUGAUAUUGCUCAAGGGGUUCACCUUGAUCGAAAUGAGGAGGAUGUUGGAGCUGGAGACCAGGGCUUGAUGUUCGGUUAUGCCACUGAUGAGACCGAGGAGUGUAUGCCUCUCACUAUUGUCCUGGCCCACAAGCUGAAUGCUAAAAUGGCUGAACUACGCCGUGACGGCACCCUGCCUUGGCUGCGACCUGAUUCAAAGACCCAGGUGACUGUGCAGUACAGACAGGACCGCGGGGCCAUGAUUCCUGUGCGUGUGCACACCAUUGUAGUGUCUGUUCAGCAUGAUGAAGUAGUGUGUCUGGAUGAGAUGCGUGAUGCUCUGAAGGAGAAGGUGGUGAAAGCUGUGGUGCCCAGCGUCUACCUGGAUGAUGACACCAUCUAUCACCUGCAGCCCAGCGGACGCUUUGUCAUUGGAGGCCCACAGGGAGAUGCUGGUUUGACUGGCCGUAAGAUCAUUGUGGACACUUAUGGAGGCUGGGGUGCUCACGGAGGCGGUGCUUUCUCUGGGAAGGAUUACACUAAAGUUGACCGUUCGGCUGCAUAUGCGGCCCGCUGGGUGGCUAAGUCUCUGGUGAAGGCUGAUCUGUGCAAGCGUGUUCUGGUCCAGUUGUCUUAUGCUAUUGGAGUGGCCCACCCCUUGUCAAUCUCCAUCUUCCACUAUGGAACCUCCCAGAGGAGCGAGAAGGAGCUGCUGGAGAUUGUGAAGAAGAACUUUGACCUCCGCCCCGGUGUCAUCGUCAGAGAGCUGGACCUGAAGAAGCCCAUCUACCAGCGCACCGCCGCCUAUGGCCACUUUGGCCGUGAGUCCUUCCCCUGGGAAGUUCCCAAAAAGCUUAAAUACUAAAUCUGUAACCCCCCCUCCUUUCUUUGGGCAGUAGGUGUACAUUACAGAGAAACCUACUCAACCCGUCGGAGGGGGGAGGUGUACCAAAACCCCUCACUCCUAACCUCACACCCGUUCCCAAAGGUAAUUCCUCUCCAAUGGCGUUCUCCCGCAUACAACUCUACCUUCAACCCUGUGCUUUGCUGUACUGUUUUUGAAAUAUCUGUGGAUGGUGACUGUGUGGUUUUUUUUUUUUUUUUAUGCUCCCUCUUCUCCACCCAUCUCUCUUUGGCCCUUCCUUCCUUCCUUCCUUACCUGCUUGCUUGAAAGAUCAAGUGACGGCACAAAUGGGGGUCAAAGGUUGUCCUGUGAUGCUAUGCAUCGCUGGCUGAAGCACUAACCCCUCAACUUUUUGUUUUACCAACUAAGAACUAAUGCUUACCAUUAUCCAGGUCCACCACUUUAUGCGUACCAUCGCGAAUGGGAUCAAAACCUCUCGUGAAAUGUCGAAAACCUGUCUUUAGUUGGAUUCAACAAGAAUGUGUUUAAUUGACAGUGCAGGUAUCGGAUUGAGAAAUUUUAAGAGACUUUUUACACAUGCGUACUGUCGCCAUGGUUUCAUCCCGGUCACUGCAGGCCAUGUUGAUUUUAUUUCUGACGUGUUACAGAGAAGUCAGAAGCUGCUACCAACUGUUGAGGUUCUGCAGGACCGGCGAGGCCACAGUUCCCCUUCGGUCUCGAUGGUGAUUUCGGAGUAAACCUCCUGGUAGCUGUUAUUUGAUGUUCUACUAGACCAUGGCGGAGGCAAAGCACUCCCUCUCUGUGUGCGGUGACAGCUGGCGUAGCUACAGAGAAGCCCUGCUUCAUCACCCAUGCAGAGGGGCCUCCUCCGCCUCUUGAAUCGCUCCAUACUUGAAAACUCAACCUAACAUUUGCUCGGUGAUCCUCUUGAGCCUCGGCAUCGUUACAGAAAAGCCUGGGAUCUCAAGGUGUGACUGCCUUGUAUUCAUUUUUAACAUUAUUAUUAUUUUUUUUUUUACAUGAAAGGAAUAGUUUUUAAAUGAAUAUUUGUUUUCAUUUGCUUGAACAUCGUAGUUGUGGUGUAUGUCCUGUGUGGCGGCUCUGUGGUCUUCCCUUGGUGUCCUACAGAAAGCUUUGGGCUCUUGCCACAGGCUGGCGCUGGUAAAUGUGACCAUUUGUUACUUUUUUUUUUUUUUUAUAUAAUUUUUUUUUUUUACGAGAGUGAAGACUGGUAGAUGAGACUGUCCAUACGCACUCACGCACACGUUUUACGUUCAGGACUCCCGGCACUCCCGCAGACAGAAGCGAGUCUGGUCGGUGUUGUACAGAGAAACCGACUUUGUUUACAUGUUCUCUCUCUCUGUUGGGUGUGUUUGGAUUGCAGUCUUUUUAUACAGUGCUCAUCUUCUGUUUUUCGUACAAAUAUAUUGUUUUUAUUCCAGAGAUUGGUGCAUCAGAGUGGUUACUGAAAGAGUAGAAGUGCCUUUUUCUAUAGUUUCUUUUCCUUUGUCACUCCUCUCCCUCUUCUCGACUUCCCCAUUCACCUGCUCUCCUUCCCCCUGAGUUUCCUCUCGUGAUACAUGUGAAUCCACAGCGAACUCCUGAAUUCCCUUCCUUUCAAUGCUCCAUGAUGGUUCUGUCAUUGAAAUUAAUAAACAUUCUGACCCUUAA